CUGAACAGUUCUUGAAAUGGAAUUCAGUUGGCUAACUAUCUGUAUUCUCUUCGUAGCUGAUCAGUCGCAAUCUCUGCUAUGGCCAGCCUCAUCUAAUUUGGGUUUAACCCUUUCUGUGUCCACACCCAUUGCUGAACUGUAUCCUGAGCGUCGUAUCCUGAUCGAUUGGUGCUUUGCCAUCUCCUACAAUUAUCCCUAUAAUCUAACCGAGUUCUAUAGCAUACCCAUCUGGCCAGGAUUUGCCAACUAUAAGGCGAAACGCGAAGUUCCCCAAUUGGAACUGACGGAUGAGAACUUUUAUACCAAAUACGGACAUGAUAAAGAGAAUGGUAUACACCCAAAGGACUUUUCAGCUGCGGAGCUUUAUGCCUUUCUUGAGGAUACGUUGGCGGGAUACGGUAUUCAUGAGACCUGUUUGCUGAGAAGUGUCUGUGAGUUGGCACAACAUCCCUUCGAUGAUAACCAUCAACAUAUGCUCAGCGAUAUUGUGACCUUUGUUCUUAGCCCCUCACAACACGAAGGCUUCCGUGAUGACGAACACGUAUACAGGAAGGCCUACGAAUUGGCCGAGCAAGAUGGAUUUCUGGGCAGGGACUGUCUACAAUUGUAUUCCCAUUGCAAGCACGAUCUCUUACAACUCAUGAGUCAAGUCAUCUUUCACUAGAGCUAAUAAAAUUCUUG